AUGUCUCCUAUCAAUGACACCCAGUUCCAUCCCCUCUUCUUUCACCUGCUAGGGAUACCGGGAUUGGAAGCUGCACAUUUCUGGAUUGCUUUCCCAUUCUGUGCUGUGUACCUGAUUGCCCUCGUGGGGAACAUCACCAUUCUCUUUGUCAUCAAGACGGAACACAGUCUCCACCAGCCCAUGUUCUACUUCCUCGCCAUGUUGGCUGUGAUUGAUCUGGGUCUGUCCACGUCCACCAUCCCCAAAAUGCUGGGUAUCUUCUGGUUCAGCCUCCAUGAGAUCAGCUUUGAGGGCUGCCUUACUCAGAUGUUCUUUGUUCACGUGUUUGCAGGCAUGGAGUCUGUUUUACUGGUGGCCAUGGCAUAUGACCGCUUUGUUGCCAUCUGCAACCCUCUCCAGUACACCAUGAUCCUCACCAAUAAAACCAUUGGCCUCCUAGCCUCUCUUGUUGUGGGAAGACACUUGAUUAUUUCAACUCCAUUUGUGUUUCUCAUUCUGAGGCUGCCCUUCUGUGGGCAUGACAUCAUCCCUCACACAUACUGUGAGCACAUGGGUCUUGCCAGGUUGGCCUGUGCACCCAUCAAGGUCAAUGUUAUCUACGGGCUCGUGGCGAUUUCUAACGCCUUUGUGGAUGUGAUCCUCAUUGCCUCCUCCUACGUGCUCAUCCUUCAAGCUGUUUUCCGCCUACCCUCUCAGGAUGCCCGACUAAAGGCUCUCAAUACCUGUGGCUCUCAUGUCUGUGUCAUGCUCUGCUUUUACACACCAGCAUUUUUCUCUUUUAUGACACACCGCUUUGGACACAACAUUCCCCGCUAUAUCCACAUUCUUUUGGCUAAUCUAUACGUGGUUGUCCCACCAGCCCUUAAUCCAGUCAUCUACGGGGUCAGGACCAAGCAGAUCAGAGAGCGCGUGGUAAUUUUUUUUUGUGAGGGCAUCUCUCAUAUUUAUUGAUCAAAUAGUUGUUAACCACAAUAAAUUUCUGUAUAGGGGGGUCAAUACUCAAUGCACAAUCAUUAAUCCACCCCAAGCCUAAUUUUCGUCAGUCUCCAAUCUUCUGAUGCAUAAUGAACAAAUUCUUACAUGGAGUACAAAUUCUUACAUAGUGAAUAAGUUACAUGGUGAACAGUGCAAGGGCAGUCAUCACAGAAGCUUUCGGUUUUGUUCAUGCAUUAUGAACUAUACAC